AUGGUGCAGAACUUAAAGGUCAAGGUGAAGAAGACUAAGAUAACGGAACGGAAGAACAAGUCGAAGAAGGCCAAAAAGAAUAAGGAAAAAAUUGACGUCAAAAGUUUGAGGAAGAAAAGCAAGCUGGUCAAGAUAGACAAAAUUGAGGAAAUGGCCAAGAAGAUGUGCGCCUCCACAAACAACAACCUCAAGUUUUUGAACACAAAGGAGGCCAAGAAGAAGUAA